AUGGAUCUUGACGAAUUCUGGAUGUCAUUUCUUGGAGAAGCUGCAGAGUCCGAGCUCCAGUUUCCACGUUCAGAAACUUUCUCUGACACUCGAACACGAAGGAUCAUACAGCUCUAUUUCACUGAAAAGCGUCCUCUCUCCGAAGUCAGAACUUUGAUCGAACAAGAGUUCGGGUUCAUCGCCACAGUUCGCCAGUAUAGAUCUCGCUUGACUCGCUGGAAGCUCGACAAGAACGUCAAACCAGAGGAGAUGAAGGCUAUAGUCAGACUUCGCCAACAGCGGAGCCUUGUUGAAAGCGACAAGAGGGACCUCAAGUUCCGUGUGAGGGGACAAGAAGUCGAGCCACAAAAUAUUGAGAGCUCCGCCGUGUCGGCCAUGGAUUUGAUCAAGACUUCGAAGAUGUAA